AUGUCUGUGACAGAUGCAAAUAGCAGCAGAUCCAGGUUUGGCCUCUUCCUGGUCUACAUCUUGGUGGUGUUCUAUGCUCUUUGUUUCCAGCUCCAGUCACCCCUGGAGCCAUUCUUAGUUGAAAAGUUGGUCGGGAAGGACAAGUCCUCAGAUGCCAGUGUGUCAUAUGGGCGUUUGCAGUCCCUAUUCUCUGGUAUCCAGAUGUUUGCCUCCCUGCUUUUCGGCCACAUUCUUGACAAGUUUGGGGUCCGGGUCGGCUUCACUCUCAACUUCUUAGCCUGUGCGGCAACUUAUUACUUGCUCUCCAUCACUUCCAGCAUGACAAUGCUAUACAUGUCCAAGAUCCCUGGCAUCGGCAUGGCAGGUUUCCUUUGCGCUCAGACAGCUGUGAGUCAGCUCACCAGGGCCGGCCCUGAGCGCGUCCAAGCCUUGGGUCGCCUCACAUCCGCCUACACCGUGGGCGGCAUCCUGGGACCUUACCUGGGGGGUCUGCUCGGAGGUCAAGGGGACUACUUCCUUGGUGCCAAAUUGGCCAUGUUGGGCUCUCUGGUGGCUGCUGCUUGCUGCUUGAUGCUUCCAGUGGACCACAUGGACGUGCCAUCCAUUGAGCUGCAGAAUGUUUCGGAAAAAACCGCAAAAGUUGAACUGCCUUGGAUCCAGCGGAUGAUGAUGGUCAUCCGAGUGGCUGGCUUUCUUAGUGGUGUGAAGCUGAUCACCUCAACUGCCAAUUCUAUGGCUUCUGCGACGCAGAAUUUGAUCCUGAAGAAUCAACUGGGCUUUGCGGAGGCGGAUCUGGGCUUCUUCAUGUCUGCCCAAUUUGCCUUUGGGGCUGUCGCAAAUGCAGUAUUACUGGCUCCUAUUGCAAAGUUGAUGGGCAGCGUGCUUCAAAAUGUGGUGCGCCACUGCGUGCUGGCCAUGGCUGCUUUGUAUGCCCUCCAGUCCUUGCUGAACUCGGAGUUGCUGCCGAUUGGGCUGCCUCCAACAGCGCAGAAAGGCAGCUUCAUCAGUCUGGCUUUGGGCUUGGCCAUCUUCCAGUACAGCCUUUCCACCAGCAUCACAGCCGAGAAUACCCAGCGGGUGCGUGAGGAUAUGAAGGGCACGCUGAUUGGGAUGGAGCAUUGUAUAUUCUCAGCUGCAAGGGUGGCCACUCCGGCCAUCGGCAUUGGUGUGCUGAAUGCAUAUGGUAUGGGAGGAUUGUAUGCCACCUGCUCUUCCAUUUUCGUUGGCACUUUCCUUCUGUGGACUGUCACAGAAGCCAUUCCAGUCCAGGCGAGCGAGGCCGAGCGAGAUGAGUUGCUUGAGGCAGACCAUGAGCAGUUCCUAGCUGAUCCCCCUCGUGCAGAGGUAUUGGCUGACACACUGGGCAUACUCUCCCGUGCAUAUGCUGGAACUGGCUGGGGAGACGACACAGCAGAUUGGGAAGGCGUUCUGUCUGUUGACAGCACCAAUGCGUUCUCCAAUUCCGCCCUCUAUGGAGAGAUCAGUGAGCAGGACUUUGCUGAUCUUCUCUUCGGCUUGGGUUUGAGGCCACCAGCUGUGGUCUAUGAUUUGGGCAGUGGAACUGGCAAGCUAGUCAAUUUGGCAGCUCUGCUGGGUUUUUCUGCCACGGGCAUCGAGCUAGAACCUGGCCGUCACCAGCGGGCGUGCACUGCUUCAAAAGCUCUUCUCAGACAGGUUGGCAGCAACUGCGAAGGGCUUCAGCCGCGCUUGCCGCGCUUUGUGCAUACCAGCUUCCUGGACUUCGACUUUUCCGAUGCGGACUUUGUGUGGGCCAAUUCAAUUGUGUUUGCGCCACAUAUGAUGGAGGCAGUCGCGAAUGUAGCGCGGAAGAUGCGCCCAGGGAGCCUGAUAGCCACUCAUAAGCCCCUGCCUGGUCCAGGCUUCGAGUUCUAUCGCGAAGUUGAUCUGCGGGCCUCCUGGCGACCUCAGGGAAGUGUAUCCUUUCAAGUGCAGAGGGUAGUUGGAGCAGAAUGA